UAAUCAGCAGGAGGUUGCUGCUGAUAACGGUUUAUAGCGUUCUUUGCAGAUCGGUUUCAUUUUUUAAGUUAUAUAAUCCAAAUAGAAUUUAAUACAGAAAAAGCACUUAAUAUUUCCAUCACAGAAAUAUUCCUGUUGGAUAUUCCAGUCCUAAAUAGGACGGAAAUCUUCAUAAUUUUCAUCAAUAUGCCCUGGCCGACAGAUUUCACAUUCAGAUAAUGUGCAAAUUCUGAAUUUAACUAGAUAAAAAGCCAUGGAGUUCGCAGAUAUGAUCAGAAUCCCCAAGCUGGACGGUGUGGUGAUGGUGGCCCCUUGCUUGAAGCCAAUCGAAGGCACCCUCUGCAUCACCGGUCAUCACAUGAUCUUCUCAGCUAGGACGGAAGGAGUGGACGAGCUAUGGUUACUCCAUGAAAAUGUCGAUGCAUUGGAAAGCAGGCCAGCAGGACAGCAGAAAGAAAGAAAAAUCCCAGGUGGAACUAUUGUAAUUAAGUGUAAAGACUUGAGGAUAAUCUACUUAAAUAUAAGCUCGUCCGAUCAACAUUAUUACGACGUCUUAUCCUCUUUGGAAAUUCUCAGUGGUCUAGAAAAUCCAACCCUCAAGUAUCCGUUUUUCUUCCGUCCCAUGUACAAAAUCUUAGAGGAUGGCUGGACAGCGUUCAUUCCUGAAGUCGAAUUCACAAAAAUCCUCAAACAUGAUGAGUGGAGGAUUACUACUGUCAAUUCUGACUAUUCGGUAUGCCCUAGUUAUCCCAAAACAGUUGCGGUACCUAAAUGUAUCGAUGAUGAAACAAUCUUGGCAGCUGCGCGUUUUAGAGAAGGCGGAAGGUUUCCUGUACUCAGCUACCGGCAUGAAGGAGGAGGUGUGCUAAUACGCAGCAGCCAACCUCUCUUAGGGCCCACGAACAAGAGGUCGAGGGAAGAUGAAAAGUUAAUCAAUUCUGUGAUCCCUUCCGGAAAACGGGGCUUCAUUGUCGACACGAGAACUCUCACACGUGCUCAAACAGCAAAGUCAAGAGGAGGAGGGUUUGAGAUGGAAAUGCAUUACCUCCAGUGGAAAAGGAUCCACACUCCUAUAGACAAAUAUCAGAAUGUCCUUGAAAAACUUACAAAACUAGUUGAAGCCUGUAAUGAUGUUUCGAUAAGCAGUGACAAAUGGCUGUCAAAACUCGAUUCGUCCGGCUGGCUAACUCACGUACGUGACACACUCAACUGUGCUUGCCAGGUCGCACAAAUUUUAGAUCAGGAAGGAGCAUCAGUGCUGGUUCAUGGAGCAGAGGGUAUGGAUGCUACACUCAUCGUGACUUCAUUAACACAAGUUAUUUUAAAUCCAGACUGUCGGACGGUCAGAGGUUUUGAAGCAGUAAUUGAACGAGAAUGGCUUCAAGGUGGCUACCCAUUUGCUAAAAGGCAUGCACACUCUUGUUACUCUCCAAUGGCGAUAAGGACGAAACAAGAAGCACCUACGUUCCUCUUAUUUCUUGACUGCGUUUACCAAAUCCACCAUCAGUUUCCCUGCAGCUUUGAGUUUUCUACUGAAUUUUUAGUACUGCUCUUUGAACACUCGUAUGCUUCACAGUUUGGGACAUUUCUGGGAAAUAAUGAAUUGGAAAGGGAACAGCUUAAGGUCUCACAGACUACUACAAGCCUGUGGUCUCAUAUCAACCAGCUAGAUAUCUUACCUUCCGUUCUGAACCCGCUUUAUGAACCAAACAACACAGUUAUCUGGCCAUCAGUUGCCCCAAUGAGCCUGGAACUCUGGGCUGGUGUAUUUCUAAGAUGGGUCAUGGACAGGAGUGCAGAAAAAGAGUUUUGGACUGCUAUAUCGGCUUUAAAAGAGAAGGAAAAGGAUCUCCGCCACCAGGCAGUUAAAUUGAGGCGGAAGUUGGCCGACCUUGAAAGAGAGUUGCUAAAUAAAGAUGAUUUGUUAGAACAAGGCAACACUCUUGACAUUAAACAUUGACAAAUUUUAUAAGACAUUUAUCAUUUUAAUAUGAUUUAUUAAAAAUGUACAAUGUUAUUUGUUUAGUCAUUAAUGAUUUGUCUUAAGCCCAGCAUCAUUGUUCAAACCGUUCAUUGUGCGGUAUAGAAUUUGUUGUACUUUCGCUGAAAGUUCAUGUCAAGGAGGUUAAAGAGUAAUUUAGAAAAGCAAUGGGUCCACCAGAAAUCUUUAUAGAACGUUUGAAACAUCUGAGAAAUUAUUUAUUUAUGAUUAAGAGAAUAUUAUAUGAUAAUGUUAUAGUUUUUAACAUAAAAAAGGCAACCAGAAAUGGCUUUAAACACAUAUAUUUCUAUUGCAUCGUGUAUUAAAUACAUUUUUUAAAAUUGUUUCUUGUUAUAAAUAAAACUCAUUCAAUCGCCACAUUGAAAUUUAAAAUAUUCAUCUCAGAUUGUGCAAAAUAAUUAAAAAGAACACAUGCAACUGAACACAAAAUUGGUUAUUUAUCAAUGUAUUUAUUUUGUAAUUAUGUGCUUGGGCUCAGGAUGGAUUUCCAAAAAUGUAUAGAGGGUAAUCAGUAUUUUUUUUCUGGUCCAAGUUAUUGUUUGUUCCAUUUCAAGUAAUAAAUGUCAUAUAACUUA